AUGGUCAAAGUCGCCAUCGCAGGCGGCACCUCGCCCACCCUCGGCCAAGCCAUCAUCUCCGCCAUGCUCAAAACGCACCCAGAAAACACGCCCAUCAUCGUCCUCUCCUCCCGCCCGCCCCCUUCCACCCCCACGCACGCCACCGCCGCGGACCCGUCCACCAUCUCCGCUGCCUCCGACCCCACCACCAUCAACACCACCAGCACCCUCCACGCCGGCCGCGUCGAAGUCCGCCACGUCGCGUACGAUUCGCACACCUCCCUCACCGCCGCCCUGCACGACGUGCACACCGUCGUGUCUGUCAUCAAAAUCCCCGAUCCGGACGCCAUGCGCGACGCGCAGCUCGCGCUGCUGCAAGCCGCGAAGGCGGCCGGGUGCAGGCGCUUCGCGCCGAGCGAGUGGGCGUUUGGGGCGGCGGGGCGGGUGGAUGCGGUGAGGGGGAAGGACGAGGUGUGGGAUGCGUGCAAGGCUAGCGGGCUCGAGUGCGCGCGGUUCCGGUGCGGGGCUUUCAUGAAUUAUUUGGGUGUUGGUCGGGCGUUUUCGAGCGAGGAUGCGCGGGAGAAGGCGUUGGCGGGGUUGCAGGGGGAUGGGCCGGGUUGGUGGGAUUUUGAGAGGGGUGUGGCGGAGUUGCCGGUGGUGGUGGAAGCGGAGGGGGAGGAGGGUGGUGGCAAGAGGAGGUUUCCGCGGGUUACGUUGACGGAGAUCGAUGAUGUGGGGAGGUUUGUGGCGGCGGCGUGCGCGUUGACGGAGGGGAGUUGGUUGGAGGAGAUGGAUAUGGUUGGGGAGACGGUGCGGGUGGAUGAGGUGGUGGGGUUGGUGAAGGAGUGUUUGGGGAUUGAGUUGAAAGUGGUGGGUGUGACGAGAGAAGAGUUGGAGAGAAGGGUAAGUGAGGUGGAAGGGGUGGGGAAAACUAGGGAGGAGGUGCUCAAGAAGAUGAUUGCGCAGCUUUCGUUGGUGAUGUUGGAAGAGAAGGAGGGGUGGGCCAUCAUGAAACCGACAUUGAAUGAAUUGUGCUGGCAUACGAAGCCGUUAAGCGUGAGGGAGUAUCUGACGAAUUAUCAGUGA